UGUGAUAGGCUUUAGUCUAAAAAAUGUCGGCCCACUUUGAUUACGGGAGUCCGGCAGACUCCAUUGGAACGGACCAUGAAUACCGGCCAUAAUCCCAUUUGUUUUGCCCCGAUCUCUUCACGGCGUAGCUCAGCUGACGGCGAAGCGUGAGCACACGUGGUUGCGGACUAUUUGCCACAUCUGUAUCACCGCAAGACGUUCAACAUGCACAGAAGCGGACCCAACAUCCUAAUAACAGGCACACCUGGCGUGGGCAAGAGUAUGAUGUCGAGCACGUUGUCGCAGAGAACCGGACUGGAGUGGCUCGACGUCAGUAAAAUCGCCAUCGAAAACGAGUGUCUGGAAGAGUACGACGAGGAGUACCAAUGCAGCGUGUUGGACGAGGGAAAGCUACUGCACAGUAUAAAAGGUCUUAUGAGCGAAGGAGGAAAAAUUGUCGACUACCACAGCGCCGAUUUCUUCCCCGAGAGGUGGAUCGACAUCGUGUUCGUGCUCAGAACGGACAACACCAUCCUGUACGACCGCCUCAAGGAGAGGGGCUACUGCGGUAAGAAACUGGUGGACAACAUAGACUGCGAGAUCUUUCAGGUUAUUCUUGAGGACGCGCGGGAUUACUACAGGGAGGAAAUUGUCCACGAGCUGACCAACGACACUCCGGAGCAGAUGAUGGAUAAUGUAAAUAGAAUAUGCCAGUGGCUGGAGCAAUGGAAAAUAGACAAUCAGCAAGCGUGAA